AUGGCUGUUGGCAUGUUUGCGGGUGAGGAUACUUGUCCAGUGGUUGAAGUGACUUGCAGGGUCCUGUCACAGUUGCUGGAAAGCUGGUGCCGGCUUUCCGUGCAGCCCAUUUUUCAUGCAGGCCUCAGAGCAGUGAUGCUGGACUCCACGGAUGUCAACCUUUGGUAUAAAAUUGGGCAUGUGGCCCUGAGGCUCAUCCAGAUCCCCCUGGCUCACCAUGCUUUUGAGGAAGGGCUGUAUUGUAAUCCUGAUCAUUGGCCCUGCUUGGACAACCUCAUCACUGUCUGUUACACCUGUCUAUGUUACAGCACAUGUCUGUACUUCAUCUGCAAAGCUUGGGAGAAGGACUGCCGGAACAGCAAAGGGCUAGUUCUCAAGGAGAAGAUCUUUGAGGAGCAGCCUUGUCUCCGGAAGGACUCUCUCCGAAUGUUCCUCAAGUGUGACAUGUCAGUUCAUGAUGUGUCGGUUAGUGCGGCUGAGACACAUGCCAUCGCAGACAAGGCCCUGGGGCUGCGGAAGAAGAGGCAAGUGCUGAUCGUGCUGGAGAAGGAGCAAGACUUGAAACUGGUGCAGCCCAUUCCCUUCUUCAGGGGAGAAAAGUGCUUUUUCUCACAGGGGGAGCCCUGCAAAAUGGGCCUCAUUUUGCACAGCCCUCGUGAUAUUUCUGGAGGAGAUAAAUCCAAGAAAGUAAAGUGGAAGGAGAUUUCAGAAGAGAGCGGAGAGACAGCAAAGCGGCGGUCUGCUCGCGUGCGAAACACCAAGUGCAAAAAAGAAGAGAAAGUAGACUUCUAGGAGCUUCUGAUGAAGUUUUUGCCAUCCAGGUUAAGAAAACUGGACCCUGAGGAGGAGGAUGAUUCCUUUAAUAACUACGAAAUCCAGUCAGAAGCUAAAAUGGAAACCUUUCCAAGUAUGGGGCCUCAUAGACUGUCAUUUGACUCAGCCACAUUUAUGGAAUCUGAGAAUAGGAGACCAUGGGAUGUGCGUGAAUUCCUGCUGGAGAACUUGACCAACGGUGGCAUCCUGGAGCUGAUGAUGCGCUACCUGAAGGGCAUGGGCCACAAGUUCUUGCUCAAGUGGCCGCCGGGACUGGCAGAGGUCGUGCUCAGCAUCUACCACAGCUGGCGGAGGCACAGCACCAGCCUGCCCAACCCACUGCUGAGGGACUGCAGCAACAAGCACAUCAAGGACAUGAUGCUCAUGUCUCUCUCCUGCAUGGAGCUCCAACUGGAUUAGUGGCAGCUGACCAGAGGCAGAAGCUCUGCAGAUAGGAGGCAUUUGUCUCCUCGGAACAGCCCUGCUGGUGUGGUGAAUGGCAGAUUUGGGCCCGACUUCCCAGGGACCCACUGCUUGGGUGACCUUUUACAGCUGUCAUUCGCUUCAUCCCAGCGUGACUUAUUUGAGAAUGGCUGGCUGGAGUUUGUGGUUCGUGUUUACUGGCUGAAGGCUUGCUUCCUGGCGCUGCAGGGAGACGUGGAGGAGGCCCUGAAGAACUAUGACAUCUGCACAGAAAUGCUCCAGAGCUCUGCUGCCAUCCAGGCAGAGGCAGGGGCUGAGCAAAGAGACAUUGUCAUCCAGCUGUCCAACCUCCAUAAUGACUCCAUUGUUUCCCUGGAGGAGAUUGAAAAGAACCUGAAGUCUCUGGAGCGGUGCCAGUCCCUGGAGGAGAUUCAGCGGCUGUAUGAAGCAAGCGACUACAAGGCUGUCAUGCAUCUGCUCCGUCCCACUUUGUGCACCAGUGGGUUUGACCAAGCCAAACACCUGGAGUUAAUGACGUCCAUUCCUGAGAGGCCAGCACAGCUGUUGCUGCUGCAAGUGUGUGUUGCCAAUGUCCCUCACCCCUGCUCACACCUUCUUUGCUUGCUUGUUUAUAUGUUUAUUCCCUGGAGCUUCUGAGACAGCCCUUGAGAACACAUUCCUACAAGAGAAAAGUGGGAAUCAGAAUCACUAGUCUAAUCCCCAGGAAAAUGCCAAUCAGAAGAUAUGGUCAAGACUAGGGAAAAGUUAGAACCUAGGAGUGCAGGUUCUAGGGUUCUGCGUGGCUCAGGGUAAGCCCCAUACUUGACUCUGAACUUCUUGGUGGCAGAGGAGAAAGAAAGAAUAGUCAGGACAUCGCCUGUCCAUCCUUCUGUUUUUUCAUCUGUCUCUUUUGUUGUUGUUGUUACUUUUUAUCAGUAUUGAGUAGAUAUAAAAAUGGAUAAAAUAUCUAUCUGUGCAGUGUGAAGGAGCAAGAUAAAACAAAGAUCCAUGGACAGUUUUGUAGGUUUUUUUUUCUCUUCCACCCCAGUACUUAGUUGGAGAAGAAGAACAUCAGCAUCGUGUUUGAAGCCACAUGUGCCCUGCUGGCUCUCUCUGUGUCCUUUAGGAAGAAACUCUUUUAAAAACAAUUUUUUUUUUUUUAAGAUGUUGAGUACAAUUCAGGAU